GUAUGCGUAUCUUGCUACGAGCGCUUUUUUGUAGGGCGGUGUACUCAAUGGAAGAGAGACGUCUCUCUACCAUCUACUCCACAUGGAGCCACGAAAUCACCUUCCAAGCCCAUUAACUCUACGUUAGGUUUACUUUCCGCUUGAUAUUUGGCCACUAGAUGUUCCUGUCGUCGCGUGGCGUUGCAUCUGGAUAUCUGUUCCUGUAAACGUGGUGUUGGUCGCCGUUACUGGCUGUCACGUAGCGCUGAUGGGACGUUGGGGAGAAAAAGAACGCAGCUUCAAUACUAGGGACGGGUAGUAGCGAGACAUAUAACUGCAAUGUGAUGUUGUGACUACAAUGAACAAUGCUACACCCCAGUGCAAGCAAGGCAGAUAUAUGAAUCGUUGGAUAUCCCGCUUCCCAUCGAACUCCGCCCUUCACCCGCGACACCAACAAUCACUAGCUAAUACCCGUGUUAGCGAGGUUCUUCUCUUGUAUAUUUUAUUCGUUGUUAUCUUUGGAAAAUCUCGUUACAACAUCUUUAUUCAAAUCGAAAAUGACUCUCAGCAAGCAGCUUUCCUUGCUUGCCGCCUCGAUGCUGUCGAUGCAGCUCGUCGCCGGCCACGCCUCAUCAUCAACGCUGAGGGCCAUCUUGGUGGCAAGGCUAUUGGUCUCGGCGUCGAACCCAAUAAUUCUCGGAGCGGCACUACCCGAGCUCCCUUCCAGAUGGAUGCUACCUUUUUCGGCAGCGGUCCUGGCCAACAGUCCGAGGCAGCAGCAGCCGGUGCUGGUGAUGGAAAUACGGGCGAUAAGGCUGGUGGCAACUCGGGUUCUGGUGUAAAGACCAAGCCUAGAAUCGUUUAUAAUAGCAGAUUCAUGGGCCGUGCUGCUCCUCCGGCAAAUAAGCAGCGACCACAGCAUCUGAAUUUGCAGCCACAUCCUCCAAUACACUUGACGCCGGCCCAGCAAAAGCCAGUGUCACCGAUGGAUAGAAAGAUUGACCGAGAGGCUGCGCUGGCAAUGGUCAACCCAACUGGUCUUGGUGCCACGCUCGCCCGUGGCAAUAAUAGCUUAGAACAAAGCUUUCCCACCAUCAUGGCCGCCAAUGGCGGGCAGAAGCUCUCCCAGGUCUAUGGUGGCGGCGAGCUCUACGUCUUCAUGUACCAGGUGAAUGGUGACGGCGCAGGCCCUUAUCAGUGCUACUUGAGUGCAGAUGCCACGGGCGACAAGUGGUCUCCUAUGGAGAUUGUCCAGAAUGCUCCUGGCCUCCGGGGCAGGAAUAGUGACACCAAGAUGUCUACCCAUCCGUUGAUCCUCACCGUUCCCAGUGGCGAGACUUGCACUGGUAAGGUGUCUGGUGAAAGUGGCGUCUGUCUUGUUCGUUGUCAGAAUGAGGCUGCCGGCGGCCCCUUUGGCGGCGUUGUGCCUAUCCAGAUUCAGUCCCGCGGUUAGAAUAAUAAGAGCACUAGUACUGGCAG